GCAGUGCAGGGGUUAAUCCAUACAAUCCAGAGAUAACAGCCAGGAGGCUGGGUCUGAGCUGAAUAACAGGAGGGGAGCCGCUGCGCACUGCAACUGAGAGGAGCGCACAGGCAGCAGAUGGCUCUCUUGGUCCCGAUACUUGUGGCCUUGCUGGCCUCCGUUCUUGGAGGUCUCUACAUGUUGGGGGUUUUCCGGAAGAGAAAACCCAAUGAGCCCCCUCUAGACAAAGGCACCAUCCCGUGGCUGGGAUAUGCUCUUGACUUCAGGAGGAACACCGCUGAGUUCUUGAAGAAGAUGCAGAAGAAACAUGGAGAUAUCUUCACCGUCCAGAUCGGGGGCUAUUACUUCACCUUCGUCACGGACCCGUUAUCAUUUGGUCCCAUCGUGAAGGAAGCCAGGUCCAAGCUGGACUUUGAACAAUUUGCUAUGGAGCUUGUGGCCAGAGUGUUCGGAUACCAUUCUGGAACCAACGAUCACAAGCUGCUGGAAAAGGCAAGUACAAAACAUCUAAUGGGGGAUGGUCUAGUGCUCAUGACCCAAGCCAUGAUGGAGAACCUCCAGAACCUAAUGUUACAUAGUGUCGGCUCUGGAGAUGGGGAGAAGAAGUGGCAGCAGGAUGGACUGUUCAACUACAGCUACAAUAUAGUCUUCCGGGCCGGAUAUCUCGCCUUAUUCGGGAACGAGGCUGCUAAAAGUCAAGGAAGCCUAGAAAAAGCCAAGAAAUUUGACCGUGACCACUCGGAGGAGCUGUUUGGUGAGUUUAGAAAGUACGAUAAACUGUUCCCACGUCUGGCCUAUGCCGUCCUUCCACCAAAAGACAAGCUGGAGGCUGAGAGGCUGAAGAGGCUUUUCUGGAACAUGUUGUCCAUCAAGAGAACCCUACAGAAAGACAACAUCAGCGGCUGGAUCAUGGAGCAGUUCCAGUACAGAGCUGAGAACGGGAUGCCAGAACAUAUGCAAGACCGCUUCAUGUUCCUGCUCCUGUGGGCCUCCCAGGGUAACACCGGCCCUGCUUGUUUCUGGCUUCUGCUCUACUUAAUGAAGCAUCCAGAAGCCAUGGAGGCCGUCCGUGGAGAAGCUGAAAGAGUCCUUAAGGAAAAUGGGCAAGAAGUAAAACCAGGAGGUGCCCUGAUAAACCUCACUAGAGAUAUGCUGCUGAAGACGCCCAUCCUGGACAGUGCCGUAGAAGAGACCUUAAGGCUGACCGCCGCCCCCGUGCUGAUCCGAGCAGUCAAGGAGGAUUUGAACCUCAAAAUGUCAACUGGAAAGGAAUAUGCCAUUCGCAAAGGAGACCGCGUUGCCCUUUUCCCGUACACUGCCGUUCAGAUGGAUCCAGAAGUUCAUCCAGAACCAGAGAAGUUCAAGUACAACCGUUUCCUGAAUGAAGACGGCACAAAAAAGACAGAGUUCUUCAAGGGUGGGAAGCGUCUGAAGUAUUUCACCAUGCCGUGGGGGGCUGGCUCCACCAUAUGUCCGGGCCGAUUUUUUGCCAUCAAUGAACUCAAACAGUUUGUCUUCCUGAUGUUCAGCUACUUCGACUUUGAGCUUGCCAAUCCUAAAGAAGAAAUUCCAACUAUUGAUCCCAACCGCUGGGGAUUUGGCACCAUGCAGCCCACCCAUGACAUCCAGUUCAGGUACCGGUUACGUUACUAGCAUUAGAGCCCCCAGACCUGCAAGUGACAACAUCUACUUCCCCCAACAUGUGAAGUACUGCUCUGAGGCCACUUCCAUGGUGGUCCACCUGCCAAGUUAUGCCACUGGUUAUAGACAAUCGUAUUACACAUAGAAUGGUGCCCCCUGUGGCCACAAGUUGUCACAGCACCCGACCACAAUCGUCCUUGUGCCACAUCAUAGACAGUUGUAAGAAGAUGUCAUUGGUGGAGUCUGUGAGCCCCAACCACCAUUGACUCCUAGAACACGGGGAGCCUGGGUGCUCUUUGGGUGCAGCGUAGUGGUGACUCGAGAGACUACAGCGAUGUGAUCUUCUGAGCUGUCUGUAGGAUACGUUGAUGGAGCUCCCCUUUAUGUAUACAGUAGCCUCAUGUUUGUGCUUCUCUUCUGCCGCACGGUGACCCCGAGAUGUGAUUAUAAUGUUAUUAUAUGUGAAAUAAACCUAAUUUGGAUGAA